CCAAGACACAUCUAUUGUUCUAUUUGUAGUUAUUUUGCUCUGAGAAUAUUCCGACUCAUAUCUAUUGGAAUUGACACAAAUAAAAGGAUAAUUUCAAUGAGCUCGAAUCGAUCGAAAUCAAGCAUUGUAGUGUCGGAAGUGUCAUCUGAUAAGAUGUCACGUUUAAGAUCAGACACAUUCAUCAAACCUGGCUCUGAGAGCAGCUUUGACAGUGAAGAUUUGAAUUCAAGAAGGUACCGUCAGGAACUCGAGAGUUAUUGUGGAUGCGCAAAUGUUUCUGCACUGGGAGCCCUUAUUGUUUCCGGAGUCGUUAGCAUCGCACAGGCAAUUUCCCAUUUUGUACUUAUGUUAUAUGAUUGUGACCUGCGAAUGAUUGAUAUGGCAUUUGCGAUUUGGCCAAUUGUCACUGUAACCAUUGCGCUUGUAUUUAGCUACUUCUCAUACUCUACACAUAGCUCUACUUCUCUUAAACCCUACAUUGCUCAUCACAUUGUCAUGGCAAUUUCCUACUGUUUUUGCUUAUUCUUAUUUGCAAUGUUCGCCUGGAAACAACACUUCUUUGUGGAAAUUCUUUCAUUUUGUUCAAGUUUCUCGACACUCUUUUCACAUCUUGAAGAGACUGACGGAGAAAAAAAGCUGCGAAUUGCCGGUUUCCUGUCUUCUCAGCUGCUAGUCAGUCUGUUCUGUCUUCAUCUCUCUGGACCACUAUUUUCGUGGCUAGACACUGAGAAGAAGUUAAUUAGUACGGAGGGCACAGAAGCUAUAUAGCAUAUCAACAAGUUAUCAUUUCAAUUUAGUACAUAUUUAAAACACACUGUGAUCAAAUUGAUAAUAACUUUAUUAACUUAUUAAAUAUAAAUUAAUUA